UAAGAAACAAUACACAACCAUAUAUCGCAAUCAAUGUUUCUCUUCUCAUCCUAACAUGGCUGCUUCUAGCUCUUCCUCAUUCUUCAUACUACUAACCUUCUUCUUCCUCCUUCUUCUCUUCACACUCUCUCCUCUUCCCGUUUCCGCCACCGACCACAUCGUCGGUGCUAACCGUGGCUGGAACCCCGGCAUCAACUACACUCUCUGGGCCAACAACCACACUUUCUAUGUCGGCGACUUCAUCUCAUUUAGGUAUCAGAAGAAUCAGUACAAUGUGUUUGAAGUGAACCAAACUGGUUACGACAACUGCACCCUAGACAGUGCUGUUGGAAAUUGGUCCAGCGGGAAAGAUUUCAUAUUACUGAAUAAAACUAUCAGAUAUUACUUCAUUUGUGGUAAUGGCCAAUGCUUAAAUGGAAUGAAAGUCUCAGUUCUUGUUCAUCCACUUCCUCCUCCUCCUACUUCAUCUCAACACAAUCAUUCAACCUCAAAAUCUGAUGCUCCUAUGGUUUUGGAAAGUUUGGGACUUAGGUCUAUGAUGCUGUCUUUUGUUGUUUUUAUUAUGUUUGGAUUUGUUUUGGUAUAACCAAUUUACCACUUUGCAACAUUGAGCUUUUGUUUUUAUUUUUGUUUUUGUUGUUGCCAAUUUCUAGUAUUCUUAAUUCAUUGUUUUGUUUAAUGAAA